AUCAACUAUCACUAGUAAACUGACCCUGCAAACGAAACGUCUGUUGUGCUCAAUAUGGAUGCCUACAUCCGUCAUCAUGACUUCUGGUUCGAUGAUGGCAACAUCGUCAUUCUAGCAGAAGACACCGUAUUUCGACUUCACAGAGGUGUUCUGGCCCGACAUUCUGAAGUCUUUCGUGACAUGUUUGGCCUGGCGCAACCUCUGAAUGAACAUCUAAUAGAUGAACUGCCCGUGGUUGAGGUUCUCGAUACGUCAGAGGACUUCACCAUCCUUCUGUCGGUAUUGUACGAUGGUGAUCUGAGGAGAAUUCUAGGCGCUCGCGAACCACUUCCAUUCCCCACUGUCUCCGCUUUUCUUCGUCUAGGCUUCAAGUAUCAUAUCGCCGUCAUACGUGAAGAGGCGAUAUAUCGCUUAGGGCUCUGUUUUCCGACAACGCUAGAAGACUAUGAUCCGGAUAUCUUUAUGCAACGCGAAAUGCCAGAUGUGCGAAGAAUCAAACGAGGCUGGCUGCCUAUCGCUCUGAAACGAUCGGAUGCUAUCGAGGUUGUCAAUCUUGCGCAUUCGUUCGACCUUGACAAUCUCCUUCCUUCCGCUUACUACGUUUGUGCGCAACUGCCAACCUUUAAGUUAUGCUACGCAGUAGAGGAAAACCGAUUGGAUACCUUGGACCUUAUCCGCAUCUUCGAUGGCCACAAGGAACUGACCAUGCUCGAAUUUCAAAAGACCUCAGUACUUUUUCAACAGAGGACCAGUGAACAAUGCAAGACCGUAGAGUUUUGUCAAACAAUCAUGGGAGAUAUCGCUUUAGAGUAUCAUCCUGACAAAGAAACACUAACCUUCCAAGAAUGUUUCAAAGCACCUAAGGAUGACGGUUCAUGGUGGAAAUCACUCGCAGACGAUGGUCUAUGCCAAGGGUGUCUGGAACAUGUGUCGCAGGAGUAUGCAGAGGAGAUAAACUGGAUAUGGAGCAAUCUCGCUGAGAUUUUCGCGCUUGACAUACCAUGGCCUCCCUCUGGUAGUUGACCGUCUGGAUUAGUACUACCAGAACUUUGCGGUCGAUAAGAUGGGAUAAUACCAGACGGAGCUAUAAUACAGUUUCCUUGAUCAUUUAUCAUGCGUUGUCAGAACGUAUCUUUAACAUGCUCUCUACAAUUUGUUCCGCACUCGGCCUUCUAGCAGGAUCAUGCGCCCAACACGAACAUGCUAGUAACCAGAGCGCUUCAGACAUCCCAGGGCUAUCAUCGGUUUCCAGAGGUCGAGAGGGUCGGACUUGAUCUCGUGGCACGCGGAUGAGCACUUGCAUAUCUGAAAAUCCAUCGAAAGGUACUUUUCCA